CGACUCAGUACUACCCUACCACAAGACUACCAUCCCAGCCCCAAGCAACACAAACCUUCAAAGAACCCGCUCUCUCUGAUCAGACGGUCAGAAACGUUCCCAUCCAUGGCGGUCAGGGCGACCGUCUCCCGAUUCCCGAUCGACACUGAAUCCCAAGAAUCCGGCGGCCUGCCAUGGGGCAUUACCGUCAUGCCAUUCUCACCGGCCGAUGAGCUUGGCCAGCCGCCCGCUUACGGCUCUGAUGCUCACCUCCUCCCUCGCUGCGAGAACUGCUGGGCCUACUUCAACACCCUCUGCGAGCUGGAGCAGUGGGCCUGGAACUGCGCCCUCUGCGGCGCCCUCAACGGCCUCUCGUCUCAGGCCAUCGCUCGCUACUCGCAUCCUCAAUCAUGCGCCGAGAUGUUGUCGUCUUUCAUUGAUCUCGAGAUGCCAGAUGAUGGAUCCGGGGACGAAGCGAUGCAGGCUUGUCCGGUGUAUGUUGCUGCUGUGGAUUUGUCGUCGUCUGAAGAGUUCUUGGAACUGAUCAAAAGUGCUCUUUUAGCUGCAUUGGAAGCUCUUGGGCCAGGAUCGUUAUUUGGGCUUGUUACAUUCAGCCAUAAGAUAGGGCUAUAUGAUGUUCAAGGGCCCAUACCAGUUGUAAAGAACAUAUUCAUUCCUCCGGAUUUGGAUGGCACACUGCCCAUUGCGCUUGAAGAUGCCAUGCCAUUGCUAUCUUUCUUGGCCCCUGUGGAUACUUGUAAGGAUCGCAUUGCAGCAGCCCUUGAAACACUGAAGCCAACCACUUCCUGGGAAAGAACCACUGCAGCAGGCCAAGAAAUGGAUGGUGUAUUGCUGGGUGGGCGGGGUUUUGGUGUAGCAAUGGAAGCCCUAUUGAAUUAUCUGGGAUCAGAAUAUGGAAAUACAUUUGCAUUGGCUAGAGUGUUUGCAUUUUUGUCUGGUCCUCCUGAUUAUGGAGCUGGGCAAUUAGAUAGUAGGCGGUAUGGUGAGCAAUAUGCAAGCAAAGGAGAGGAUGCAGAUCGUGCACUGCUUCCUGAGCAGACACCAUUUUAUAAACAGCUGGCUGCUGUCGCUGUUCAAGCAGGUGUCUGUGUGGACAUAUUUGCUGUUACCAAUGAAUAUACAGACUUGGCAUCACUCAAAUUUCUGAGCAUUGAAAGUGGUGGCUCAUUGUUUUUAUAUUCAAAUACCGAUGAUUCAACUUUACCUCAGGACAUGUAUCGGAUGUUGAGUCGUCCAUACGCCUUUGGCUGUAUAUUGAGAUUGAGGACAUCUACCGAGUUCAAACCUGGUCGUUCUUAUGGUCAUUUCUUUCCAGAUCCUCAGUAUGAAAAUGUUCAACAUAUUAUUUGUUGUGAUUCUUAUACCACAUAUGCUUAUGACUUUGAAUUCACCAAUGCAGUUGGAUUUUCCAGACAUACAGAACCUCCUAUACUACAGAUUGCCUUUCAAUAUACCAUUGUUGUGCCACAUGAAGAAGCUUCAAAUUCAGGACACUUGUCUUCCAACAAGUCCAAGCAUUCUUUAAAGCGGCGACUAAGGAUACGGACCUUGCAAUAUUCAACUGCUGGAAAUAUGAAUGAACUUUAUGACAGUGUUGAUUCUGAAGUUGUUUUGUCAAUCCUUGUUCAUAAGGUUAUUUUAGCUUCUUUGGAGCAAGGAAUUAAGGAAGGCAGAAUGUUGCUACAUGACUGGCUAGUCAUUCUCGCAGCUCAGUACAAUGAUGCUUAUAAACUUGUUCGCUAUGAAAAUGGAAGUUCAUCAUCUCAAAUAGACGUGGCCUUCUCACAAUGUCCACAUCUGCAACCUUUACCUCGACUUGUAUUUGCUUUGCUUAGAAAUCCUCUCCUCCGCUUUCACGAGGAAGGUGUUCACCCUGACUAUCGGAUAUAUCUGCAAUGCCUCUUCAGUGCGUUGGAGCCAAGUUCUCUUCACCGGGCUGUGUAUCCUGUAUUGACAUCAUAUGUUACUCCUGACAAGCAAGCAUACCCGCGCCACUCGCUGAGUCGUGCUGCACUGAUAACCAGUGGAAGCCCGAUAUUUUUUCUGGAUGCAUUCACGAAUCUCAUAGUGUAUUAUUCUUCAACAGCGGAUCCUUCCCUUCCCUUUCCUCCUCCACAUGAUUGCCUACUGCGGACUACAAUCAACAAACUAAAGCAGGAGAGAAGCAUCACACCAAAGCUUCAAUUCAUCCGUGGGGGGCAGGAUGACGCCACGGCAUUUGAGAACUAUCUGAUCGAAGAGCAGGAUGUUGAUGGGAGCGGGCUCAGCAGCGCCAUGGGUUUUGUAUCAUUCCUAGAGGAGAUUACUCAGCAUGCACUGGAGUACAUUUCAUAAAGCAGCUGAGCACAAAACGACAGUCUGCGAAUGCACAAGGUAGUCAAAGGUACCCCUCAAAACCCAAAAAAAAAAAAGGAAAAGAAAAAAAGAAAAAAAGAAAAGAAGAAACACUUGGCUGUUCAUUAAAAAGAGUAGGAAAAUAAUGCUAAUGCAUUUUCAGAGAUCUUUCAUACAGAGUGCUUGUAUUUAUUGUAUUUGUUUUGGACCAACCAUCUGCUUGUAGGGUUUCUCUAUUGCCUUUGUGUUUCUUAUUUUCAAAAGUCAGGUGGGGAAAAAUUAUCCAGCAUAGAAUAAAAGCAAUAAAAGCAUGUUUAUGAUGCUA